UGCUAUUGGUAGGGACGCGGUGUGAGCAGCGGCGGUGGCAGCAGUAGCUGCUCAGGCUCCUUCUCACCGUGUGCGCCCUUCUCCAGCGUCCCCUUCCCCGCGGCUGGCUCAGGGGCAGGACGGAGCCAUGGCAGCUUCCUGUCUGAACAGUCAUCUGCUUGAUGAGCACCUGAUCUUGAGAGACAUGUAUUGCCUUGAUAAGCUAUGCUGUAUUUGAUGUUAUCUACAUAAUUGUUGCUGUUGGACCUUCUGCAUCUGUGACCUGGAGCAGCAUACUAUAUGAUUGCAAGACAGGAUGAUCAGUUAAGGUCUUUCCUUUCGUGCAGAAUAGUUGCUGAUCCAUGAGAGGACCUUCCCUCUUAUCCCAUGACAGCUUACUUUGCUUAAGAGCCUUUGGUGAGGGACCUUGUCAAAGGCUUUUUGAAAAUCUGAGUACACUAUAUUCACUGGAUCGCCUUGGUCCACACCCCCUCAAAGAAUUCUAGUAGAUUGAUUCCUCAUAAGAUAGAAAUUGAAGAGUUUAAAACUACAAAGCAAUGCCCUGGGGACAAUGAGGAGACAAUACAGACAAAAGAGGGCACCAAGAGCACACAAAAGGGCAGAAUAUGUCUGCUUCCUAGGAGUGGUGGAAAACACUGGUAGAGUUGAAGGUUUUUGGCAUAUAUUCAUAGACUCUGACGAGACAAUAAUGGAGGCGCUGAGUGGCAGGUGCUGACAGAUUCUGUGGUUCCAGUAAGGGUUCAUUUUGAUAUCAUUUGCAAUUCUAUACAUCUAAAUGCCACAGUUCUCUUGGGGAAAGUUGCAUUGGCUACCAAUAUUGCCUUGUAAGACCGUAAAACCAUGGGAAACACGGAAAGCCAAAAUGUAGAGCAUGCAUUGUAUGGAGACAAGCACGCCAGCCUGGGACGGAAGCACACAUCACGCUCACUUCGCCUUUCAAAUAAAACUUCUCGACGGACCAGGCAUGCUUCUUCAGGGAAGGUUAUCCAUAGGAACUCAGAAGUGAGCACCCGAUCUAGCAGUACUCCUAGCAUCCCCCAGUCACUGGCAGAAAAUGGCCUGGAGCCUUUUAACCAAGAAGCCAAUUUAGAGGACUUUGGAAGCCCCAUUUGGGUGGACAGAGUGGAUAUGGGCUUAAGGCCUGUUUCUUACCACACCGAUUCUUCUGUUACUCCUAGUGUGGACAGCAGCACAGUUCUCAUGGCAGCCUCAGUGCAGAGCAUGCCAGACACAGAAGAAAGCAGACUUUAUGGGGAUGACACUACAUUUUUGGCCGAAGAUGGCAGACAGCAUCGAUAUUCAACAAACGGGACAACUUUCAUGGAAACUGCAAGCUUCAAGAAAAAGCGUUCAAAAUCUGCAGAUAUCUGGCGAGAGGAUAGCUUGGAAUUUUCGCUCUCUGACCUCAGCCAAGAACAUUUAACAAGCAAUGAAGAAAUCUUAGGUUCAGCUAAGGAGAAGGAUGGUGAGGGGAUGCGAGGCACGGAAGCAAGCAACAGUCCCCAGCAGCUGGUCACCUGCCAGCGUGCCAAUUCUAUGAGUGACUUGUAUUCUCCCAAAAACUCAGGUGCUGCAAUAAAUGGAGGCCCACGAAAUACCUUUGGGGCUUAUUGUCGGAACUUAGUGUCCGAUAUUCCAGAUAUUGGAAACCAUAAGAUGGCGUCAGCUACAGCAGAGGAUACUCCUUCCUACAGUAAUUACAAUACACUCCCCUGUAGGAAAUCUCAUUGCCUUUCAGAAGGUGCCACCAACUUACAAAUCAGCCACAGCAACAGCAUGCAAGGCCGAAGGGCAAAAACUGCUCAGGAUGUGAAUGCAGGUGAAGGGAGUGAAUUUGCUGACAGUGGAAUUGAGGGCGCAACCACCGAUACAGACCUCCUCUCCAGACGUUCAAAUGCUACAAACUCUAGCUAUUCUCCAACAGCUAGUCGAGCUUUCAUUGGCAGCGACAGCGGCAGCAGCUCUACGGGAGAUGGGGUCCGUCAGGGAGUGUAUGAGAACUUCCGAAGGGAGCUGGAAAUGAGCACCACCAACAGUGAGAACUUGGAAGAAGCUGGUUCAACCCUGAGUGAUGAGCAAAGCAGUGGUACCUUGAGUUCUCCAGGGCAGUCUGACAUCCUCCUUACAGCUGGCCAGGGCACUGUACGAAAAGCUGGGGCUCUUGCAGUGAAAAAUUUUCUGGUGCACAAAAAGAAUAAGAAAGUGGAGUCAGCUACACGCAGAAAAUGGAAACACUAUUGGGUUUCCUUAAAAGGAUGUACAUUAUUCUUCUAUGAGACUGAUGGCAGAUCUGGAAUAGACCACAACAGCAUCCCAAAGCACGCUGUCUGGGUGGAAAACAGUAUAGUGCAAGCAGUGCCCGAACACCCAAAGAAAGACUUUGUUUUCUGCCUCAGUAAUUCCCUUGGGGAUGCAUUUCUCUUUCAGACCUCUAGCCAGACCGAACUAGAGAAUUGGAUCACUGCAAUCCAUUCUGCUUGUGCAACUGCAGUAGCAAGACAACAUCACAAAGAGGACACGGUCAAACUGUUGAAAACUGAAAUUAAAAAACUGGAACAGAAGAUCGAUAUGGAUGAGAAAAUGAAGAAAAUGGGUGAAAUGCAGCUGUCCUCGGUAACGGACUCCAAGAAGAAGAAGACCAUACUCGAUCAGAUCUUUGUUUGGGAACAGAACCUUGAACAGUUCCAAAUGGACUUAUUUCGGUAUCGUUGUUAUUUAGCUAGCCUCCAAGGAGGAGAGCUGCCAAACCCAAAAAGGCUACUUGCUUUUGCGAGUCGUCCAACUAAAGUUGCAAUGGGCCGUCUUGGAAUCUUUUCAGUAUCUUCUUUUCAUGCACUGGUGGCAGCUCGCACUGGGGAGGCCGGAGUCAGAAGAAGAACACAGGCCAUGUCCAGAUCUGCCAGCAAACGGAGAAGCAGGUUUUCUUCUCUUUGGGGACUGGAUACUACCUCAAAGAAAAAACAAGGGAGGCCAAGCAUUAACCAGGUCUUUGGUGAAGGAGUUGAUUCCGUGAAGAAGUCUUUAGAAGGAAUCUUUGAUGAUACAGUACCAGAUGGCAAGAGGGAAAAAGAAGUGGCACUGACCAGCACCCAUCAGCAUAAUCCUGAUUGUGAUAUUUGGGUUCAUGAGUAUUUUACGCCAUCUUGGUUCUGCCUGCCAAACAACCAGCCUGCUUUGACAGUUAUCCAUCCAGGUGACACCACAAGAGAUGUCUUGGAAAUGAUUUGUAAGACGUAUCAGCUGGAUCAUUCCGCUCACUUUCUGCGUCUUAAGUUCCUGAUAGAAAACCAGAUGCAAUUUUAUGUACCAAAGCCAGAAGAAGACAUCUAUGAAUUGAAUUUUCACAACAAUAUCUUUCCAAUGAUGUCAGCUUUUUGGAGAGUUAAACGUAAACCGAGGAACAAAGGCAUGGAGAGACCCUACGAUUCUCUUUAUCACAUGCUGCAUUUGAGUACAGAACAAGUUGCUGCAUUUUGUCGCAGUCUACAUGAGAUGAAUCCUUCUGAUUCGAGUUUGCAUCCUCAAGUUUACGGGCCUCAGCUGUCCACCAUGAGACAACUUACAGAUGCUGAUAAACUGCGCAAGGUUAUUUGUGAAUUGCUUGAAACAGAACGCACCUAUGUCAAAGACUUAAACUGUCUGAUGGAAAGAUACCUGAAGCCUCUACAAAAAGAAACUUUCCUCACUCAAGAUGAGCUCGAUGUUCUCUUUGGGAAUUUGACUGAAAUGGUAGCAUUCCAGGUGGAGUUCCUGAAAACCCUUGAAGAUGGAGUGAGGCUGGUUCCAGAGCUGGAAAAGCUUGAAAAAGUUGACCAAUUUAAGAAAGUGUUGUUUCUGGGUGGAUCCUUUCUUUACUAUGCUGACCGUUUCAAGCUGUACAGUGCCUUCUGUGCCAGCCACACUAAAGUUCCAAAAGUUUUAGUAAAAGCUAAGACAGAUUGCUUUAAGGCAUUUUUGGAUGCUCAGAAUCCUAGACGGCAACACUCCUCAACACUGGAGUCUUACCUUAUCAAACAUAUCCAGCGAAUACUGAAUUACCCUCUCCUGCUGAGGGAACUCUUCACUCUGACUGAUGCAGACAGUGAAGAACACUAUCACCUUGAUGUGGCCAUAAAAACAAUGAACAAAGUUGCCAGCCAUAUUAAUGAAAUGCAGAAAAUACAUGAAGAGUAUGGUGCAGUGUUUGAUCAGCUCAUAGCAGAACAGACAGGGGAAAAAAAAGAGGUUGCAGACCUUUCCAUGGGAGACUUACUUUUGCAUAAUACAGUGAUCUGGCUUAACCCUCCUGCAUCACUGGGGAAAUGGAAGAAGGAACCUGAGUUAGCAGCAUUUGUGUUCAAAACUGCUGUUGUCCUUGUAUACAAAGAUGGUUCCAAACAGAAGAAGAAACUUGGAGGAUCACAUAGGGCUUCAAUUUACGAAGACUGGGACCCAUUCCGUUUUCGGCACAUGAUUCCCUUAGAAGCUCUGCAGGUUCGCGCACUAGCAAGUGCAGAUGCAGAGACCAAUUCUGUGUGCGAGAUUGUUCAUGUUAAAUCCGAGUCCGAAGGCAGACCAGAGAGAACAUUCCACCUCUGCUGUAGUUCCCCAGACCACAGAAAGGAUUUUCUGAAGGCUGUGCACUCCAUUCUACGUGAUAAGCACAGAAGGCAGCUUCUUAAAACUGAAAGUCUGCCCUCAUCCCAACAAUAUGUUCCUUUUGGAGGGAAAAGACUGUGUGCUCUAAAAGGUGCAAGGCCAGCAAUGAACAGGGCAGUGUCUGCCCCAAGCAAGUCUCUUGGGAGGAGGAGGCGGCGGCUGGCCCGAAACAGGUUUACCAUUGACUCGGAUGCUGUCUUCGAAAGCAGCCCUGAAAAAGAGUCCCAGCAGCCCACAGCCGGUGGGGACACUGACCGCUGGGUAGAGGAACAGUUUGACCUUGCUCAGUACGAGGAGCAGGAGGACAUCAAAGAAACGGACAUCCUCAGCGAUGAUGAUGAGUACUGUGAGUCUACGAAAAGCACCACAGUUGACAGAGAACUUCAGGAGCAGUUGCAGGCUGCUUCCAUUACAAGCAGCCAGUCAUGUUGGGCAGAGAAAGCACGGCAUGGAAUGGGCACGCAUGCUGCCAGAAUGACUCAGUUGAAGAAGCAAGCUGCACUGUCUGGGAUCAAUGGCGGGGUGGAAAGUAGUAAUGAAGAAGUCAUCUGGGUUAGGCGUGAAGACUUUGUACCUAGCAGAAAACUGAACACUGAGCUCUAAACCUGUCACUUUCUCAUUAGAUGGUCUGUGUAGAUAUCUUCCCCCUCUGUCCCCCAAUACAUGCUGUGGAGCAUGUUCCCUUAGCUUGCUCACACAGUUUCGGCAGCUGAGCCACUCUGAAGCUGUGCAGCCACAUUUUAGGAACUUUUAAAAGGUGGGCAGGGAGUGUAAAAAUUUUGAAAUAAGCUGGAGUCCUAUCUGUAUAUUACUAAGGGCUUUUAAACUUUUAUUUAUUCUAAAAUGGGAUGCAUAAUAUCACUGGAGAACAAGUAACUGUCGGCAUCUUACGUAUGUGCAACUUAAAUGAUAGCACAAUGAACAAAGGCUUUUGUAUCUGUGACAUGUCAAUCAGAGGCUCAUCUCCUUAAUGAGGAAACUGCCUUUCUAAUCUGUACAGCUGCAGUGUUCUUAAUCUUUUCCCUUCUAAAAGACUAUACCUUUAUUUCAGGAGUGUGUGAGGAAAGUUUUUGAGAUUUUGGUUGUGCUGCGUUCUCUUGGUGUGUCUGCUAAUUUAUUUUCAGUGUUGGAAGCUCUAAUUUUACAUAAAAUUUUAUAAAGUUGCCAAACUCUCGAAAGAGAUCCAAAUUUAACACUUGAAAUUUUUUUUGUGCUUUUUACCUGAGAUGCAGAGGCACAAAUGGAUAAGAAUGUUAGUCUUACUUAAGAUAUGAGGCUAGCCUUUCAGAGGGUUCAGUAGGCUAGUUUUUAUAUUACAUUAAAAUAUCAACUGGAAACUCCUGCUUAGGGAUAACUGGAAUUCAGUUACGUUAGAAAUAAUGUGACUGAAUUACAAAGAGGGCUAAAUUAAUCCAUGACUUCAGUGGAGUCAUAUCAGGGAUGAAUUUGGUCCAUUAUGACUGACAACGUUUGGGUUUAGGUGAGGGGGGGAAUUUAUGGCCAAAAACUGACCUCAUCCAACUCUUAGCGUGGAUGAAACUAGCAUAUGUAUAAAAUCCUUUGUAAAGGCUUUUUCCACUGCAAUACACUAUGAACAAAGUUCUAAAUAAGCAAACCUCUCAAACCUUUUCAAGUAUCUAAAACAGGGUAAAAAAAUUUAGUGUUUUAUAAGUAGGCUUCCAAAUAUUAAAGAGAAAAUAUAGCACUUUUAAUUUUUUUAGAUUUAUAUAGCGUUCCCAUUUCACUUUCCACCUACAAAAGAGGAAGAUAAUGACAUUUUCUUUGUAUCUAUUGAUGUUUGACACAUGAGUAGAUACUUUGAAACCUGAUAUUUUAUAAAUAGCUUUAGGACUAUAUUUUAUAAGAUCAGCUGUGACUAUAUUUUGAAACAUAAGUUGUUCCCCCCCAAAAAAAGAUGUCUUGUGUCCUAGCCAGCAUUUGUGCCCCUCUCUCUCCCCACCCCGCCACCAGCUGGUUACCAGUGCACUAUACUUAGUCUUUUGAAAGCUUUCUUGUAUCUGCUUUUGCUAUCUUCUGACCUUUUUUUCUUUUCUUUUUCCUAAAAACUUUAGAAAGAUUUCUAUACCCUUUUAUCAUCACUUCAUUGUUCUAUAUCAUCUAAAGUCCAUUGUGUCCCAAUUUAGUAGAAAAGCAGAGGUUUUAGCUGUCCUACUGGAAUACCGUCAGUUGGGAAAGACUGGAAAGUCUCUGGUGCUUGGGAGGGUGCCAUUGUUCUUGUACAUAAUGUCAUGACAUGUCUAUGUCAAAGGUUCUUGUAUAUUUCUUUUAUAAGCUGAAAGAAGGUCUAUUUUUAUGUUUUUAGGUCUAUGAAUGGAACAUUGUAAAUGCCUGUCAAACAAUAAAAUACUGAAAACAUCUGAA